AUGCAAUUUGAGACCGCAGUUUGUCCAUGUGAAAAACAUACUGUUUUGUCUCCUAAAAAGGAGGCAAAUUAUGAGUGCGGAGUUAAUCAAUUCCCAUCAUCAUCUUCAAAUGAUGGAAAUCCACCUCCUAUUCCACCGAAAGCUCCAAAACAAAUUCCACCUCUUCCUCCAAAACACGUACCUCGUCCAGUACAACUAGCAAAGCACAAAUGCAUAAAAUGUGAACCAACUCUCAAUUUGCAAAACUUACAUAUCCCUCCUAUUGGUGGCUUGUCGGAUGUUUGUGCAGUGUGCAGGCGAACUUGUCUCCAUCCACACUCCACAUGUGAUGUCGAAUUAGUCGAAAAAGCGCACAAAGAGUCAAGCCAGCCCUUACUGAAUUAUGAUGAUCAUAACUACAAGAGAUGCCUUGAAUAUCCUCAAUCUGUCAGUAAUUGUGCGAAAUCCCAGUACCCGUCACAACAUAAGGUCGAAGUUAGUCGACCAGAUAAAUUCUCAUCCGGUGGGAAUGGUCAUUCUUGUAUGUUUAUGUUCGAUAAAAAUGCUUCUGAUACAAAAAGUAGACAGUCAUCCAUGUACAAGCGGUUCACAAAGCGACGUGUUUGUCAUGGAGUCUCAAAGCACCACGAUUCGGAUCUAUGCCAGCUAGGAAGGGAAUCGAAUUCGACAUCUGACUUACUAACAUCGAACUGCACCUGCUCUGCGAACAAGUGGGGUCUUACUAGUGGUAGUAAGGCGGGUUCUAACUGCCCAUCAAACUCAAGAUGCUUCUCCGCAGAAUAUCGUGGGCUCAAUUUGAUUUCAGAUCAUUCUGCUGGCCGAAAAAUUUCUCGGUAUCAUCAGGAGCUGGGUGGCACAAACAAAACAAGGUGCGGUAGUUUACAGUGGAUAUCUGAAGCUUUCCAACGUAUAUUUCAUGCUUCCAAGAGCCUCAGAUCUUCUAAAACAACUUUUCUUCACCCACCGGAUGAUUCAGUUGUAAAUCCAAAAAGUUUAACUCACUCAAAUGAAAAUAGGUUUUGCGGGCGGCUACAACCGCUUGUUCAUAACAGAGAUCGUGAAUGGAAAAAAGAUAUUUUCGACCCAAAGUCCAGGUGUUUUUUCUCUCAACACAAACGAUCUCUCAGCUGUAACAGUUCUUGUGUUGAAGGAGCUAGAUUUAGUUCAGGUAAUCAGAAUGGCUGUGAAUCUAAUGCAACUGUAAAUCCCCAUAUCGACCACCAUUCGCUCCCACCCAGAUCAACAAAUAAUCGGAGUUCUAUCAUUAAAUGCAGGAACUCACUUUUUAGUCCAGAUACAACAAAGAGACAUUUCGAGCGCCUUGAUAGUAUAAGCCCUUCAAAUGGUCGUUUACAACGUAUGAAUGUAUCCAAAACUAUAGGAGCUUCCCAGUCCAGAUACCAAACUUCAAAUCAUUCAACGAUGUGUAUCAACCAUAAAAGACCUGAAUCUGCUCUUGCAAUGAUUUGUGCCUGUUCCCCCUAUAUAUCCGGCCAAAUAAAUUCCGUUGAUUCAACUAGAGAAUGCUUUUCUCGUAUGGGAAGUCAUUCUUCAUCUACGAAAGUUUCAGCUGGCAGUUGCCCUAACCACAAAAAUCAUAGGUGUUGCUUAAACAGUCCAAAUUGUACAAGUAUAUCAAAACCUUAUAAUGGAAAAGAACAAAAUAUCGAUGAAGUUACUUCUCCUCAGUUCCCUGAAGGAACACGCCAAUUAAAUGGCGAUAAUGUUCCACUAAUUAAAGAACAUGCAACUGAUUCUAACUGUGAUACUACAAAUUUAGUUACUUCUCACCUUCUAUGUGAGAUGCCUAAUGAUUCCAACAAAACAGUCUUAAACUGCACUGAAGGUAUAGAAUUUGGAGCACAUCCAACUACUAUAGUCGAUAAGAACGGUCAAAUUCACCAUGUUCAUCAUAUCCAUCACGUCCAUCAUGUUCACCAUCAUCAUCAUCACCAUGAGUGUACAGAUGGUGUCUCCAAUGAUAUCGCAUCUUGUCCUCUUAGUCCAGUUACCAGUCCAGUCGUUUGUGAUAGACAACGUCCACCAACAACAAUUGCAUCUGCCUUGGAAACGUGCUUUGUAGAGGAAGCAGUAACCAGCUCUUCAUUAUCCGGUCAGAAUCAGCAGACUGUUGGUUCAGAACAAGUUACUCCUGUGACCAGUUGUCAUACAUACAACGCCUAUGAUGUUAGAGCGUCUGAUAGUAGUAUCACUGUGUCAGCACCUAUCAAUUCAUCAAACACAUCUAGCCAAAGAUUAUCAUCUACGCUACAAGAGAGCCGAUCUUCAUUCCAUCGAAGCAUGUUAGAAUUGAGAAAAAUGGGUUGGUAUUGGGGUCCAUUGAGUUUUCAAGAAGCUCAAUUUCUAUUGGCCAAACGACCAGAUGGCAGUUUCUUAGUACGUGACAGUGGUCAUGAUACACAUAUUUUGAGUUUAAGUUUUCGUGUACGUGGUGAAACUUAUCAUACAAGAAUUGAACAUAAUCAAGUCAUUGAUUUUUCUACUGAAGUAUGUCAGAGGAUAUUUAAUAUUGAUGAUGAUAAACGUGAAUGA